UCAGUCAGUGCUUGUAUUUAACUGAUGCAGAAACAACAGAGUGUCCCUUGGAGGUAUCCAGUUUUGACAUGACAUGCCCCAGUGUUUUGUCCCAGCCAUGUUCAGGAAACGUAAGACCAGCACUCCGGAACACAAGAGAGACUUCCAUGGAUCUGCAUUGACUGCGCCCCAUAAUGACAUGAGAACGUUCUUCAGCUUGUCUCAGCUUGUACUCUCUGCUGGCCAUCUGAGACCACCACCCGUUCAAAGACAUUCAAAGACCACUUACUUUGAAGUGGAGAUUCUUGAUGCCCAAAGCAAGAAACAGAUCUGUGUAGUGGACAAGAUACCACCUUCAUCAACACUUCUCGAUGUAAAACACAAGUUUCAUAAAGUGUGUCCACAGUGGUCCCCAUCUCGCGUAGGUUUGCGACUAGAACGCAAUGGGCCCUAUUUGAAAGACUCUGUCAACAUAAAGAGGCUUGCAGCUUCUUCUAUCAUUACAUUGUAUUUUACAGACAUGGGUCAGCAAGUGAGCUGGACAACAGUUUUCCUAACUGAAUAUACUGGGCCUCUUCUAAUCUAUCUGCUCUUUUAUAUUCGUCUCUCAAGUAUUUAUGAUGCAAAGGAGAGUGCAAGAAGUUUACGCCAUCCUGUUGUUCAUUUGGCCUGUGCUUGUCAUUGUUUACAUUAUGUCAGACGUCUACUGGAGACACUCUUUGUGCAUAAGAUUUCAGAAGGACAUACCCCCUUGAAGAAUAUGAUCAAGGGCUGUGCCUUCUACUGGGGCUUCACUUCUUGGAUUGCGUACUACAUCAAUCACCCACAGUACACUCCUCCAUCAUUUGGGAACAAACAAGUUACUUUUGCUGCUCUUGUGUUUCUGAUGUGCGAAGCUGGGAAUCAUUUUAUCAAUGCAGCUUUAGUCCAUCAAAAUCAGUCAGGAAAGUUAACCUCUUUUCCAAGUCCAUCAAUCAACCCGUUCACAUGGCUGUUCACAUUGGUUUCUUGUCCAAACUACACAUAUGAGAUUGGCUCUUGGAUAAGCUUCACAGUGAUGACACAAACUCUUCCAGCUGGCGUAUUUGCAUUUCUGAUGGCAAUCCAAUUGGCACAGUGGGCUCGAAAGAAGCACCAGUUCUAUCUGAAGAGGUGUACUACAUGUCGGUGGAGGAAAGCAGCUAUGAUUCCAUUUAUACUGUAAAUGCAAACAGAAAUGGUCUGUGAUUGUCCUGCAUGGACUAUGAAAUCAAAGUGAUUAGUGUGACAAGAUACAGCAAACUAUAGAAGAGCAAUACAUUUAGAGUGUUGUUUUCAAAUGCACUAACAUUUAGGCAGGCUUUUUAAAAAUGAAAAUAUGAAAGUCAAGGUCCAGACAGCUAUUUUAGGUACAUGCAGGGCUAUAGCUAAGCAAGGGAGCACAUGCUUUACUGUGCCAGAAGCCAUAGGUUCCAAGAGGUCACAGGUUGAAUCCUUAAUAUCUAUAGCUCCAUAGGACCAUUGGCAGUAGGUGCUAACUAAUAGUCUUCUGCUGGUUGUAGGUCUCAGAGAGCCACUGCUGGUCAGAGCAUGUAUCCUGGAUUCAAUAUAGCGGCAGCAGUGGUGGUGGUGGUGCUGGUGGUGCUGAUGAUGAUUGUUAUUAUUAUUAUUAAUGUUUAUUUAUAUAGCACCAUAAAUGUGCAUGGCACUUUACAGCCAUCAUCAAAACAACAUACAACUUGCCAGUGGUGUACAAUGUAAAAGUCAUAAAAUAUAAAACUAUACAAAAUUAAACAGGUUAUGCAAUUAAAACACAAAACUGUAAAAAACAAAUAAUACAUAUAGUGAAAUCUAAAUUAUAAACAAUAUUAAACUAGAGUACUGAAUGCUUCCGAGAGCAAGAAUGUCUUUAAUUAGAAUUUAAAGCUAGAUAGGGAAGAGAUACUCUGCAGAUGUUUAGGGAGGCAGUUCCAGGAGUAUGGUGUGGCAAGUGAAAAAGGAUGAACCUGAGCCAAGAAAGAAGAAAUCCUUGACUGGGUAAGGAGCCCUGAUCUCCUGGACCACAAAUCUCAAAUAGGGUGGUAAGAUGAAAUAAAGACUGACAGAUAAGGGGCUGAGAUGGGGAACUAGGUUAUGUAAAGCUUUAAAUGUUAAGAGAAGUUGGUACAUGCCAGUCAUCUGACACUAUGUUGGUCUGGCUCUUUUCCAGGAUUAUUUUAUUUUCAAAAAAAGCAGCUUCAUGUUGUCAUAAAAAGUAACUUGCCAGUUGAAAUGUUAAGCUUCAAGUAACCAAACCAACACUGGAAUUUGAUGCACAUUUGGGUGUAAGCCCCAUUAAACACAAUGGAAUAUAACAUUAGGCUCAUGCCUUGGGUCAGGCUGCAUUUAGCUUUAAUUUACAUAAAGCAGCCACUCCAGGGUUGACCAAAGUGUUAAAGAAAUUAUUUUCUCUCCCCUCCAAAAUGCCUUCUAAGGGAUGCAAAGCAAUGGAUGUAAGAUACAAGAAAAGAGAUUUCACUUCAGCAUUAGGGGGAACUCCCUGACAGUAACGGCUGUUCGACAGUAGAACAAA